AACCCAUUAUAAUUCUCCUUUACUCCUACUUUAUAAUGAAAAAAGUUUACCAAUUCAAAGCCAAAAACACAACUACUUUGCUAGCAAAAGGACUCAAAAAUGGCAACUCCAGGAGCAUACCAAGCACAUCUACCAGCAGUACCUUCAUGGCUAAACAAAGGUGACAAUGCAUGGCAAUUAACCGCAGCAACGCUCGUCGGACUUCAAAGCAUGCCUGGCUUAGUCAUCCUUUACGCGAGCAUUGUCAAGAAAAAAUGGGCUGUGAACUCUGCUUUCAUGGCCCUCUACGCCUUUGCUGCGGUCCUCCUCUGUUGGGUCCUGCUCUGCUACAGAAUGGCAUUCGGUGACAAACUUUUGCCUUUCUGGGGCAAAGGGGCGCCUGCUUUAGGCCAAAAGUACCUUCUUGGCCAAGCUAAAGUCCCCGAAAGCACUCAGUAUUAUAAGAAUGGCACGGUGGAGACCCCGACCAUCGAGCCAUUCUAUCCUAUGGCCUCUCUGGUUUAUUUCCAGUUUCAGUUUGCUGCAAUCACUAUGAUUUUGUUAGCGGGAUCAGUACUUGCCCGUAUGAACAUCCGUGCCUGGAUGGCUUUUGUACCGCUUUGGCUCAUUUUUUCCUACACGGUUGGUGCAUUUAGUCUAUGGGGAGGUGGCUUUCUUUUUCAUUGGGGAGUCAUUGACUACUCUGGUGGCUAUGUCAUUCAUCUUUCUUCAGGAAUCGCAGGCUUAGUAGCCGCUUAUUGGGUCGGGCCGAGGAGCAAGAGUGACAGGGAAAGAUUUCCACCGAACAAUGUGUUACUAAUGCUCUGCGGAGCAGGGUUACUAUGGAUGGGUUGGUCAGGUUUCAACGGAGGAGCGCCUUAUGCUGCUAACAAUGCCUCAUCUAUGGCUGUACUAAACACCAACAUCUGUGCUGCAACGAGCCUUCUUGUGUGGACAUGCCUCGAUGUCUUCUACUUCGGAAAACCAUCGGUUGUUGGAGCUGUCCAAGGCAUGAUGACCGGCCUCGUCUGCAUCACUCCCGCAGCAGGGUUGGUUCAGGCUUGGGCGGCAAUAGUGAUGGGGAUACUUUCUGGUAGUGUUCCAUGGUACACAAUGAUGAUUCUUCAUAAGAAGUCAAUUUUGCUACAAAAGGUGGAUGACACACUAGGAGUGUUUCAUACACACGCGGUUGCUGGCCUGCUGGGGGGACUUCUAACUGGUUUACUAGCUGAGCCAGAUCUUUGCAGGCUCACAUUACCUGUCACAGACUCGAGGGGUGCAUUUUAUGGUGGAAAGGGGGGAGUACAGUUUCUAAAACAAUUAGUAGCAGCAUUGUUUGUGAUUGGUUGGAACAUCAUAUCGACAACCAUAAUUCUUUUGGUCAUAAAGGUGUUCAUACCUUUAAGAAUGCCUGAUGAGGAACUCAAUAUCGGCGAUGAUGCAGCUCACGGGGAAGAAGCAUAUGCUCUCUGGGGUGAUGGAGAAAGGUAUGACCCCGGAAAACAUGGAAACUGGAAUGGAUCAUUAUUUACAGAACAAACCACACCUACAGCAUAUGGUAAUGGUAUAGCUGCUGCUAGAGGAAUAACUAUUGACUUGUAACCUAUGAGUUUGUCCUAUUUAGGUUUACGCAUUUAGGGAGCUCUAGAUGUGUGUGUUAUUCAUUUUUGUAUGUAACAUCUCAAACAGACAACAAUUGUUUUAGCUCAAAAUUCUUGAGUUACUUUACUCAACAAAAAGACGUAUAGGUGCAUGUAAGUUCGACCUAUUUGAUAUACAUAUAUAUAUGCAACAAAAUUAUGAGUUCUCAAAAAAUUACUUAUA